AUGCACCAAGCACGUCAAGGUCGGCCAUGGUAUUUUGACUAUAAUGGAAUGCAUGAAGGUCACAUAUUGAGGUUCCCAGUAAGGCCCAAAUCCCCUGUUAUUCCGAUACCCAAUUAUCAAUUGGUAGCAAUGGGUUCAGGUUGGAGGAAGUAUCCUUGUUACGAGUGCAAUUUCAGUGCAUACCAGAAGGAGGGUCGAAACGACCAAAAAAGUGCGACUCUCUUUGUAAUUUUACUAGUGCUUCAUGCUUCUGGCUGGGAAUGUGAACAUCAGGUGUGCAAUAACAGCGCCAUGGCUGACAACGCGGAUCACCUCAGGACUACUCCCACCAGGAGCGCGGAGACCCCCCCAUCUUCCAUAGACAGAGAUCGGCCUCUUCCUUCUGUCGAGUUUACCUUCUCCUGCAGCCCAUCGUCCCCCGAAUGCCUGACCCCGAAUUCGUCGGUCGACGGCUUCAGCUCAGCCAUCCCAGAAGGUCGCCAAUCCUCUACAACGCCAACCGCGCAGUUGCUCUUUGAAAACCUCCGACUGAGCGAUAGCAUCUCUCCUGCAGCACAACAGCCACCAAUUAAUCCAUCUAAUAUAACUCAUAACGAGUCUGGCUUAACACCCACCCGCAGCGCUCAUCGAACGACCUACCGAGAUCUACACAAUGCCACACCUAGCCCUAUAGGGCCCUCUUCCAUACGACCGAGCCAACAACGGUCACCAACUCCUAUCUCACCCCCUGGGGAUGUCAGCUCUCAUUUCCAGAAUCUGAAUCUGGAAGACGCAGAUAGUUAUGUUUCUGACUCUGACAGGAGCUCUACGCUCAACACUGAGAGUGAUGUAGCGGAAGACAACGACGAGGAUGCUUACAACAUUCGUCAUGAUGCUCUUCCCCGGGAGCCUAUCUAUGAUAUCCGACUUCAGAAUGCACUGCGAGAUGUUAGAAGCGAGCUUACGAGCCUCACACAAGUGAUGCUAUACGAGAAAACGCUUGAAGCGAGUCGAUUCGCUUAUCCAGCGACACGCACGGUAGGCUUCAUCGGCGACUCGGGUGUAGAUCAAGAGAGCUUGGCGCGGUCGAGCGGAGACGGCGCUGCCUGUACCACUGUCGUUACCGAAUUCCGGAGUGUAAACGACACUUAUCCAGAGAACUACACCGUUGUUGCGGAUUUCAUGGACGAAGACGAGAUCUGUGAGCUCCUCGAGGAGCUUUUAUCCAGCGUUCGGAAAUACUACACGGAAGCCUUUCGUGAAGUGAGAACGUCGGAAGAACAGGAGAAUAUCAAGGUUGCGGCUAAAAGAGCCUGGGACACCUUGAGAUCCCUUUUUCCUCAUGAGCAAGAGUUGGACAUUGACUUUCUUGCCCAGGAAGGAGAUGAGGCCGUGGCCACAAUUAUGACCGCCUUACUGCAGUGGGCCACGUCGGGCUUAGAUAACCGACCGGGGGGGCGUGAUAACCUACAGUAUACGGUUGUGUCUAGCCAUGCUGAUCAAUGCAUGAAGCAUCUUGACAGACUGAUGGCUAAUGACAGUGACGGUGAUAAUCCUGCGUUGUGGCCUUUUGUGAAGUUGAUCAGGGUCUAUUUGCGCUCGCCUGUCCUACGCACAGGUUUAGUUUUGGCCGACCUCCCAGGAUUCCGCGAUUUAAACUACGCUCGGGUGCGAGCGACGGAAAGGUAUCUACGCCACAGCUGCGACGAGGUGUUUAUUGUGACCACUAUCAUGCGUUGUACAACCGAUCAGUCAAUAGGUGAUAUCAUUCGUCGAUGUGCGCGGGAUCAGCCUAUUCGCAUUGUGUGUACUCGCUCAGAGGACGUCAACUCCGAAGAGACUGCACGUUCCGCACCCGCAGCAGAUGCAGUACGUAUCCAGAAUAUGAAUAACCAAAUCCGGCAACUCGAGCGCAGGAUCGGACAGACAGGUACUCGCAGACGAAAAUCGCACGGAAGUAGGAUGCGAAGUCUCGCUGCAGAGGAAAGUGACUUAAGGGAUCAGAAAGACGCCCUUGAGCUUCAGCUGACGCAUUUCCUCAUCACGCGAAGAAAUACAUCUGUGACUAACUCUUUGUUGAGUGCCUGGGGGGAAAUGGCUCGCGUAUUCUGUGUGAGCAAUAAGCUCUAUUCUGACCAUCGAGAGGACGAUCGACGACAGACCAAUGGGUACUUGGCACUCAGUGGUAUCCAAGAACUUCGGCGGUACUGCCAAUCAGUACCCGCAGAUGCGCAGUUCCAAGCCACGGUGUCUUAUCUUCAAAAGGAAGUACCAGCGCUCCUGGGUUCUAUCACGCAAUGGGCUUUAUCAGGGACUAGCACCGUGACUAUGGCCCGGGCUGAAGUCUUGCGGCGGGUUUUGGCUGAAGCUGAAAGCACUCUGACAGGGGUACGGCAGAUGUCGACGCGAAUGGAGGGACCAUGCAGUCGAUGCGAGCUUGGAAUGGGCAACUCAUUCUGUCGCAACUAUGGAACGCAUGAAACGGCAAAACAGCCGUAUCGCUGCUGGAACAAAGAGAUUCUCGGUCCGGGAAUAAACCAGCUCUCUCUGGCGUGGGAUACCUUAUUGAACUGGCUUGAAGAACAUGGUAAGGAGCUUGAGGACGAACUCACUAGGAUUUUUCAAGGGGUGCAUGAUUCUAUACGCGACUUGCCAGAGCAACACGAUCUGGCCCCGGAAACCCUAGGGAACUUGCUUCUGAACCUCCGGAUGCGACAGAUAUGUGUAGUUGACGCCGUUCAUAACUCCAUAGAACGACUUAUUGAUGACACUGAAAAAAUCUCGGAUGACACAGUGGGUGGGCACGCGAGCUCAUAUAUUGGGGGAGUCAUGCGUCCAGUCUACAACCUUUGCAUGCAACAAAGUGGAACGGGGAGUGAUUCGCGUCGGAAGCAAACUAUGAACCGUCAUCUCAGUUCUUCGGGUCUGUUCCAAGAGUUUGCUGACAAUAUUGCUCUCGACUAUGGAACAAUGAUCGACAGAGCAUUUGGACAGUUGGAUAACAAGCUUCGUGAGGAGGUUUCUAAUAUUACCCGAGAUUUACGGGCUACGGUCACGGUUGAGGGAGAAAUCUCCGAAGCUGGAGAGCAUCCUGAAUAUACAGAAGGAGUCAAGCGAGGGGUAGAAGCAUGCCAAAGAACCUUGGCAAAUGCUCAGACAAUAGUGCUAGAGAUGGGCGAGUAA